AUGGGCUCGAAAACAACAGUGAAUACAGUCAAGGGCUGGCUCUCCAUGUGUGAGGGGGGUGACAGAUGUGUCGCAAAAAGACGUGCUGUUAGCGAUCCGAUAAUACCUACGCGACUGAUCGACGUUCACACCUACGGCUCUCAAUUCUGGUCCGUUGUCGAGACAAACAACCACCAGAGCUUUUCCAAAUACGUUGCACUGUCGCAUCGAUGGGUAGCUGACACACCCCGUCUCCUUAGAAACAACUAUCUCGCCUUUCAGAUGGGCCAGUCUGAUGACGUCGUGCCACGCAGCUACCAAGAUGUCUUUGUCCUCUGCCGCAAACUAGACAUCAGAUAUGUUUGGAUUGACUCGCUAUGCAUCUUCCAAGAUUCCGCGGAUGAUUUCCUUCACGAAGCUGCCACCAUGAUCGAGGUCUACGCAAACGCCUUUUGCACUUUCAGCAUAGGUUGGGAAUCACCUCAUGGGUUUCUACGACCUCGGAACACUCGUGCUCUUCUCCGAUGGAAUACUGACAAUUUAAACGGCCUGGUACCUCCAGAUCGACACUUGUUUGUCCACGACCAUAGGGAAUUGCGUGAGACAAUUGGUCAGACGCCACUCAACCGACGGGGAUGGGUGCUCCAAGAGCAGCUUCUAUCGCCAAGGAUCCUGCACUUGGGGAACGAUCAAUUGUAUUGGGAGUGUGAUGGCAGAAUAUCCUCUGAGACUGAACCUGAUGGGCUUCUUCCACACGGAAGUGACUAUAGGCGAAAGAUGCUCGUUGAUAACGGAGAGAGCGAGAGCUCGACUUGGCAAGAUCUUGUGGUUCAGUUCAUGAGACUGGAUUUGACAUUCGAGAGAGAUAGAUUACUCGCUGUAUCCGGCAUCGCAAGAUUCCUGCUCACUUCGAGUGAAAACGGGCUACCCGAGGGAAAUGGCUCUUACUCUUAUCGAAAAGUCGAGCGAAAGGUUGACCCAACCACUGAGUAUGUUGCUGGCUUACGGAGGUUUCACUGGAUCAAAGAUCUCCUUUGGCAACCCAUGAUUUUCCCCCAGCGUUGGAUUGAAGACGACGUCAAGGUUAACAGGGGAUCGUUCAAUCGUUGUCCUGAUAACAUCGUUCCUUCAUGGUCAUGGGCUGCCUGUCCAGGACCUAUACGAUGGACGGUCGAGCCUUUUGACGUUUGGCACCAUGAUGUAUCUGACGAAGGAGGUCCCGUGGCAUGUUUGCGUAACAUCAACUUUGAGCUCCUAGGAAGCGAUAUCUACGGUCUUCCCAAAUCAGCAUCAUUGGAUAUAUCUGGUCUUCUUAUUCCAGCUAAACACACAGAGCUAGACGGCCCUGAGUACCACCCAAACGGCGUUGAAGCCACCAGUAACCAACAAUAUUUUUACCUGUACACAGAUGGCUUCAUGUACCCAUUGCCAUACCCACGAGUUCAUGGUGAUGUUCGAUCCUUAAUCACGGCACCUUUAGAAUCGUGCGACAGUUUCACGCCAACGUGCUUCAUUAUACCUCUAAUAUCGCUCAGUAUAUGGAAAGAUCCGAAGACCAUGGGCCUGGUAGUUCAAGAGCGACCACGAGCUGGUGAUGGCUUGAGAGAAUUCGUGCGCGUUGGGAGUUUUACAAGAUAUCACAAACCAGAUCACAAUCGCCAGGACUGUGCGGGCCUGGCGAUUAUGAACGCCAUUUUGAAGAACGUCCCUGCCGAUGGCGAUAAGUUUGAGCAGAAGUUGCGCGACUCUGCAUAUUGGUGGGAAGAUUAUGAGAGAGCCGGUAUGGAAGAUGGACAUGAUGCUACGGCUAAGGCUGAGUGGACGACCAUUCGGCUUGUCUGA